AGACUUCUCUGGCCACCAGUACCAUGAGUCUGAUGUUGGAGAGGGGCAUUGGGUGCCAGACCACCCUGAGUGGAACAGAAUUCCAACCAGCCAUGGAGGAGCUGGAGGAAGCACUGGCUCUGUCCAACCUGGCCACACCUAAACAUGGCAAGAGACUCCACAUCCCUGUGGUCCGGAUCCUGGAUGCUCAGGAGGUGCGUUCCAGGUCUCCCUCUCUCUGCAGUCUGAGAGCCAGGGAACAGCUUGUGGUGGAGCUGAAGAAGGCCAACGGCAGCCUGGGUAUAAGUGUAGCUGGUGGAAUGAACACCUGUGUUCGUUACGAGGGGAUAUACAUCAAGAGUCUGGUGCCAGGGGCCGCUGCUGAGCAGGACGGGCGCAUUCAGAUAGGUGACCGACUGCUGGAAGUUGAUGGGUCCAACCUACGAGGUGUAACACACAAACAGGCCGUGGAGUGCCUGAAGAAGACUGGAGAGGUGGUGAGUCUGCUUUUAGAGAGGGAGCCCCAGGUGGUGUUGGGGGCGGGAGCGAAUCGCCCCCGCUCAGCUUCACAGAGCCAAUCAGGAAGUCUCAGGAGAGACAGCUCCAUGGAGAUGACCUUGAGUGGCAAGACCAAGGACUACAGCUUUGUCACUGAUGACAACACUCUGGAGGUGCUGUUGAAGAAGAGCCUGUGUGGUUUGGGCUUCAGCUUCUACAUCAGUGAGUUGAACAGUGGUUGUGACCAGGGCAGCAGUGUGGUGCGGAUCAAAACCCUUUUCCAGGGUCAACCAGCCAAGGAGUCAGGACAGAUCAGAGAAGGAGACGUCAUAUUGGCUGUUAAUGGACAAUGGGUUAAAGGCCUCAGCUACCAGAUAUGA